GUUCCUGCAAAUUCACAUUCUCCUACGCAAGGAUUGGUCGAGAUGGCUCGUGCCUCAACAGCUCCACCACGUCGCAAGUCUUGUGCAGCCUGUGUGGCUGCUAAGCGCCGCUGUGAUCUGGCCGUGCCGUUUUGCUCUCGUUGUCGCCACCGGGACAACGUCUGCGAGUACCCAGGCAGACAGUCAUCUUCCGAAGAGAUAAACUGUCCUAUUAGCACUUGGCAAAUGGAGGCUCCUCAUGUCCUGCCUAUUUCAAUCCAGAAUUCCGACUUCUCUUCAACGAUUAUCACGGAUAUAAUAGAUCCCGUGGACUCGGAUUGGAACCCCAUGAAUGGCUUGGAGGCCAACGUACCUCUCGACCCUUUCGGGGACUUGCUCAUCGCAUCGAAUUUUGAGCUAAUGAUGCCGAGGACAAAACCAUUGAGACCGCUUUCAGAGAUUAUCGCGUCGAAGCUGCAAUUUGCAGUUGAUGUUCUCAAGAACGCGCCGAGCAUGAUGGUCCUCGAGACUCAGCUUCCUUGGUGCCAUUCACAACUUUAUAAGAAAUAUAUGCCUAGGGUAAUGCAAGAUGCCUAUUCCUGCUGCUCUUUGUACAUGUCCAGGAAUGAAACGAACACCCCCGUUAUAAUGUCUUUGCUGGAUGCUCGGACCGAAGACCUUCUAUCUACUCCACAGCCGACAACACUUAUAGAGCUUCUCGCUCGUGCACAUGCUCUGCUUCUCUAUCAGAUAAUGCGGUUAUUUGCCGGCGACGUCCGCUCCCACGCCACUGCCAACGCUCUCUUCGGAACACUAGAGUCUACUGUAGAUGCUCUCUAUGACAAUCUGUACUUCCCCUCACCAUCGGAAUCAACAAAACUACUUCCACUAUCCAUGGAUCCGAUAAUUAAUUUCUGGGAGUGGUGGAUUCUACAAGAAUCGGCUCGACGGACGAUGCUCCUUACUUUCUAUUUCAUUCAGAUAUACAAAGUUUUACAGGGCAACCCCUCUACCCACUGCGAUGGAAAGCUUGGAAUAACGUCGCAUUCAUGGUAUCUUUCUGCGCAGCUGUGGAAUUCUCAAAGUGCAUUUGACUUUGCAGUGGCUUGGGCAGAAAAGGAUCAUUUUGUUGUUCGUGACCUCGAUUUUACUGCGGCCCUGGCGAAUGCCCAACCGGAUGAUGUUGAUCUCUUUGGGCGGAUGCUUAUGGUCACUUUACUUGGUAUUGAUGGUGCGAAAGCCUGGUUCUAUGCGAAAGGUGCGAUAAUGUGAAAUAACGGGUGACACUCAAGAUAUGUAUGAUAAUGAA